UUGUUAACGUGCAGUAUUGGCACAGCUCUUAGGAUGAUAAUUGCUGCUCGUAGACGCUAGAUAAAUGACUCACUUCCAGUCAUUGCACUGGGAAUAUCGUCUUUUAUAUGUAUAGCCUCGUUUUUCUGUUAAUAUUUCAGAUAAGGUUUCUUUCAGCAUUCAGCUCGGGAAAUUUUCUCUAUGAAAAUCGAUUGGCCACAUUUCCAAAGCCCGAUUUCAACACAUCGUUUAUACUACGGUCACGUAAGGGAGCGAAGUCUUUCAAAGAAAUUCAUCAUGGUUUGGGAGUAGAGCCGUUUUACGUUCGUGUUUAUGCAACACCAAAAUCUGGACCAAACAAAGGAUUUGUCUUCGAAGGAGUUGGUGUGAAUCAUGUCGAUGCAAAGUAUACUUCGUAUGGUGGAGUUAUUUUUGCUUAUAACUCUGAAUAUAUAAGAAUUUGGGCUCCAAAUAAUCGUAGUGGAUAUAUUAUCUUUGUUAAGGAUGGAUGGGGCAGAGAGAAAAACGCGCAACAAACUAGUAAAGCUAUUGUUUUCGUUCAAAUGUGGAAGUCGGGCCCGGAGCCAAACUUCGAAAUAGACACAGUAAUAGGAAAUGGAACAAGUUCAGGAAGCUUUAAGGAGAUACGUCACAAUUUGAGGCAAAUUCCUGACAGAGUAUUGGUGAGAGUUUCACCAGAAAAUCCAGUAAACAGUGCCAGUAAUCCUAAUGGUGGCUAUUGGUUCCAUGCUUCUGGUACUUCGCAAAAUUCUUACAAAAACACCAGCUACGGUGGAGUUAUUUUUGCAUACAAUGUGAGAUCCAUUCACCUGUGGGCACCAAACCAAAAUUUGAAAUACACUGGGUGUAUUUUGAUUGACAAUGGGUGGGGUGAUGGCAGGUAUAACCAGCGAGAAAGUAGGUGUCGAGUUCAUAUUAAAGUUUGGGUAAAUGCAUUUCCUCUACCAUCAUAUCAGACUGACUGGUUCAGUAUUCAGGCACAGACAGUUAACUCCUUCAAAACUAUAAAACAUAAUUUAAACAUGGUACCAUCGUAUGUCCUGGUACAAACUAGACCAUUGACUGGCAUGAAUUAUCACUUUGUUUUUGAGGCACAGGGUUCUGUCCAGUCAGAUGACAACAGCAAUGAUUAUGGUGGAAUCAUAUUCGCAUAUGAUAAAGAUCAUAUCCGUCUUUGGGCACCAUCCAAAAAUGAUGGCACAAAAAAAGGUUAUGGUGUCCUUGUAAAGAAAGGUUGGGGUGAUGAUAAAUUUUUACAGUCUGGAGACACUAAAAUUGAGGUUCGAAUUAAACUAUAUGGCAGUAAAUGUUCCCACAAUUCUGAAGCAUGUUUUCCAAGUAAUAGUUGUGUUAAAACUCAGUAUAACACAUAUACAUGGGUGACAUCAUCAUGGAGUAAAUGUUCCAGUAUCUGCAACAAAGGUCAAAAGGAUCGACGGAGUACAGGUUGUCUUGUGAAAUCCAAAGGAAAGAUAGCCAGUGGGUCAUGUGACUUUGAGAAAGAUUUCUGUCACUGGACUUCGACAGGUCUAACCAUUAGAAACAUGAUAUGGAAACGGACAAACACCAGCACCCCGACACCAAAGACUGGUCCAUUGUGGGGACAUCCUAAAGGGUCCUUUUAUGCCUAUACCUACUCCAAAGGUGUAUUUCCACAUGGGGAAGGUGUGCUUAAAAGCCCCAACAUCCAGGGAGCAAGAAGAUGUCAUCUGACAUUCUUCUGGAAUAUGUAUGGUGAUGAUAUAGGAGAACUGAAUGUAGAAGUGAAUGAAGACUGGAGUAACUCAGAGAAAGGCUGGAAGAACACUGGCUGGAGUAUGAUUGGUUCUCAUGGCCGUGCUUACUGGAGAUCAGCGUACAUCAAUCUUGAGCGCUACAGUAGAAUCUAUCAUAUACGUUUCCGUCACGUCUUACCAGAGAAGCCAUCGUACUGCAAGGAUCGAUGUUAUCAGUGCAAAGAAUGCGAGAUAUGUAAAGAAGAUUCCUGUUUGUAUGGCAAUGUAGCCAUCGAUGACAUUGAGCUGUGGUGUGAGGCAUCCUAUAAUAUUACCAGUAAUGCAGAAUGCAAGGCGCGCACCGGUUACUUGGCAGGUUGUGAUCAGCCUAGUGUUAUAAGCCUUCGACACUUAAGAGGUCCAGCAUACGGUGAACAAGUGGUGAACUUCCGUAAGAAAGGAAUCAGAACAUUUGUAAUGACAAAUGGAACAACGUAUGAUUUAGUUGGAAAGUAUUUCAUCAAUGUCGCAUAUGAGGAUUACUAUACUCUGUGGAUGAGUGUCUUCAGCACAAAUCAGACAGUCAAGCAUAUCUUAUUUCAAAUUGAUGAAGGAGACUGGCAUGACAUGACUGCUAAGUGGACCAAAAUACGACAACACUUCAUAUUGUGGUUGAGCUAUCGAUUGAAGUCAUUCUUUCUCAAGCCUGGAUUGCACACCAUCACAUUUAGACAAAAGUCUCUCUAUUUCCGUUUUGACAGAUUUGCUCUGUCACCAACAAAACUUUCCACCUGGGUUGAUCUAGGGAUGCAAAACUACCACAUCCCAGACUCCUAUCUCACUGCUUUUCCUCCAAGAGGAUCCAGACCUGGUCCAAAGCAUGGGCGCCUUAAUGAUAAAGAGGCGUGGUGUUCUACCGAUCACAAUAGAAACUACCAUUACUAUGAAAUCAAACUCCCAAACCUGGCCAUCCUGUCACGUAUUGCUGUUCAGGGAGCUAACAAUCUGGCUCAAAAGUCUAACAACUAUUGGACAAAAAGUUUUAAGCUUCAAGUCUCUGUAGACCAUGGAGGUGAUCACUUUUCCAUGUAUCGUAACAGAUCAGGAGGGGAGAUGAUGUUUAAAGCUAAUUCAGACUCUUUUGGCAUUGUGACAACAGAGCUUCCAUAUGCCGUACCAGUACGGGCAGUCCGUAUCUACCCCCAGGAGUACUACAGCUGGGUGUGUCUAAGGGCGGAGCUCUACGGCAUGUACCUCUCUAGUGCAUCGUGUGCCUCUGCUGGCCCAGAGCUGCCAACAACUAAACCUUGCAUGGGAGACAGGGAUUGUGGGAAGAAUGCUGAUUGUCAAAAAGCAAACUCCACCAGUGGCAUGAGAAAAACAAUUGGUGACCUAUGGCAAAAAAUGUUUCCAUCAUCAAGAAAUACUUCAAAUGAAGAAUACUGUACCUGUUUUAAAGGUCACCAUGGCGAUAGUUGCCAACACUAUGGCUGUAAACCAAACCCAUGUCAAAAUAAUGGUACAUGUAAGCAGAACUCUCAAAAUGGUACUUUUUACUGCACAUGCCCACCAGGUUACUAUGGAAAUACAUGUCAGAUGUCAUGCCAAACAGGUUACUAUGGUUACAAUUGCUCACAAGUAUGUAGAUGUGGUAACCAUAGUAGCUGUGAUGAGGUUACAGGCCACUGUAACUGUCACCCAGGAUUCACAGGGAAAUACUGUAAUGAUAAAUGUGCCAAGGGUUUCUAUGGCAACAACUGUAGUCAAAAGUGUCAGUGUAAAAAUGGUGCAAUGUGCAACCAUUUGAAUGGACACUGCAAUUGUACUAUUGGUUGGACUGGGAUGUUCUGUCAAGAGCAAUGUCCUUGGAAUACAUGGGGAAUGUUUUGCAGUAAGAACUGUACAUGCAGUAAGUCUGCAUUAGAAUGCAACCGCAAAACCGGUGAAUGCAUUUGUGAAGAUGGUCACUUUGGAAGGUUUUGUGAAAAGAUAUGUCCAACAGGAUCAUAUGGUAGAAAUUGUACACAAACUUGCAAAUGCACAAAGAAUGGCCAGUGUUCAGUCAAAGAUGGUGCAUGUAAUUGUACUCAACCAGGCUUUACUGGAUUGCUGUGUGACCAGCCAUGUAAUCAUGGUCUGUAUGGAGUUAACUGUGGUCAUAAGUGCUUGUGUAAGAAUGGUGCAGACUGUGACGGGAGGACAGGUAAAUGUACCUGUAGUAGUGGAUGGCUCGGCAAGUCAUGUGACAAACCCUGCCCACAAGAUUCAUGGGGUCUGAACUGUUCACAGAAGUGUUCAUGUGUGAAUGGUGCAAUGUGUAAUUCUUCCACUGGACAGUGUUCUUGUACAUCUAAAAAUCAUUGUGUCUGUCAUGCUGGUUUUACUGGUAUUUCCUGUAACACACCAUGCAGUGUCGGCAAGUGGGGUGUUGGAUGUUUAAAGACUUGUACCUGUAUGAAUAAAGGUGUAUGCAAUCCUAUAACUGGAAAGUGCAUGUGUCUUCCUGGAUUUUCAGGGAAAAACUGUAAUGCUCCAUGUGUUUCUGGUUACUAUGGUAACAACUGUUCCACCCCAUGCAAUUGUACCAUUUCCAGUCAGUGUGAUGCUAGUGGUCUUUGUACAUGUUUGCCUGGACGGCAGGGUGCGAAGUGUAAUGUACCAUGUAGUAAAGGAUCUUGGGGACUUCAAUGUAACCAAUCAUGUCGCUGCGUCCAUGGCUCUUGUCAUCCAAGUACUGGACAUUGUGCUUGUGACAAAGGUUGGAAUGGUACAUUAUGUAAUCAACGAUGCACUAAUUGUGGGCUGCCGUGUCCAAAAUGUUACCAUGGAAGUUGUAAUACUGUUAAAGGCCAGUGUGUAUGCAGUGCUGGGUAUACUGGUAGUUCAUGUUUGGAGUCAUGCCCAUCUGGAUCAUACGGACAGAAUUGUGGAAAGAAGUGUGGUUGUGUUCAUGGUGUUUGUAGACCAGAUAUAGGAACAUGUGAUUGUGAACCUGGUUGGUCAAGAGCAAAAUGUGAUCAAGCCUGUCCUAGUGGAAGCUAUGGAUACCGAUGUCUUCAGCAAUGUCACUGCGUAAAUGGUUUGUGUAAUGCAGUCAAUGGCUCAUGUGAGUGUAACAGUGGUUACUAUGGCUACAAGUGUGAAAGGCAGUGUCCAUCUGGUACAUAUGGAAGUGGGUGUCUGUCCAAGUGUUGGUGUUUGAAUGGAGGUGUCUGUCACCAUGUGACAGGACGGUGUGUUUGUAAAGCUGGCUGGAUGGGUGCAAAGUGUAAUACAAAAUGUAAAGUUGGAUAUUUUGGCAGUAAUUGUACUACAAGGUGUUCCUGCAAGUCAUGUGAUCCAGAGACAGGGUUGUGCCAUUGCCCGCCAGGUUGGCUGGGAUUAAAGUGUACCCAACCAUGUCCACUUGGUUUCUAUGGUAACAGUUGCACACAAAAAUGCUCAUGUUUAAAUAAUGGCUUUUGUAACCAUAUCAAUGGUACAUGUACAUGUCUUCCUGGAUUUACUGGACCAAAGUGCCAGGAACACUGUCCUCCUGGUCGCUUUGGUAUGCAGUGUUUGAGUCCAUGUUCCUGCAACCCUGACGUCACUGAGGUGUCACAACCAUGUCAUCAUAUAACUGGUGAUUGUAACUGCCGUCCAGGAUACCACGGACUGAGAUGUAUAGAUCAGUGUCAAUCAGGCUUUUAUGGUAAAAACUGUACAUCAACAUGUAGAUGUCAAAACAAUGGUGUUUGUAACUUCAAAGAUGGUUCCUGCUUGUGCACUCCUGGUUACCAUGGAAAACACUGCAAAAAGACAUGUCCGGCAGGUCGAUAUGGAGUUAAGUGUAACAGUACUUGCCAGUGUAUAGCUGAGAACACCUUGACUUGUAGCAAGUUCACCGGCCUAUGUUCCUGUUCCCCGGGUUAUCUUGGUGUUAAAUGUGAGAAUCGUUGUCCAGAGGGAAAGUUUGGCGUUGGAUGUCAUCAGGCCUGUCAGUGUAAAAAUAGUGCACAUUGCAGUCAUUUGACUGGAAAGUGCAUUUGUCUUGCGGGGUUCAAAGGGAAAGAUUGUGGACAGACCUGUGAUGGAUUUAAGUUUGGUUCUAGUUGUAAAUACAAGUGUCUUUGUGAAAAUGGAGCAAAGUGUAACCCAGUCUCAGGUUCAUGCAUUUGUUCGUCGGGAUUUACUGGUAAACGUUGCUCUAAUGCAUGUCUAGAAGGACGAUUUGGCAUCAAUUGUAGCAAUAUAUGUGACUGCAACCCUAGCAACACCAAGACCUGUAACCAUAGAGAUGGUACUUGUCUCUGUAUACCUGGAUACACUCAUCGGCGAUGUGAUCAGUCCUGUCAAGAUGGUUCCUAUGGUCAAGACUGCCAGAUGUCGUGUCCAGAGUGCUCUAGACAUGUAUCUGGACCAUGCAAUAAACAACACGGCAACUGUACAUGUACACCAGGUUACCAUGGUUACGAGUGCUAUGAUGACUGCCCUCUUAAUUCCUUUGGCCUUCAAUGUAAAGAACCAUGCAUCUGUCGUCAAGACAUGUUGUGUUACCAUGUCGAUGGAACAUGUUUACGUUAUCAACAGGGUUUGUUUACCAUGGUUGUCAUGGAAUCAUUGGAGAUAUUUAAUGAUAUUGAUCGCAAGAGAGACUUCAAGCUUGGCAUUGAGCAAAUUAUGUUCACAUACUAUGACUUAUUCAAAAGUAGCGACAACAACAACUCUGUUGCCUCACAAGUAAAAGAAGAAGACACAGACAGAAGUCCUUCCUUUAACCUUAAUGAGAUGGAUCGCUCUAACAAUAACAACAAUACAAAACAAACAUCACAUCAUAACUUUGUUGCUAGGAUACUUGAAGCAAAGAGUGUCUUCAUUACUGAGAAACUUCAAGGCACACAGUUAAGCUGUGUAGUUCUGGACGGACGUACUGUAAUCAAUGCCUCGGAUGUUACAGCUGUCUUUGAGCUUGUUCCUUCAUAUAAGAUAUCUAAUGCCAUUGCCGCAAGGUAUUACACUGGGGAACUAUAUUCACCUCCUAAGACAUCAAGUCUACCAAUUCAUCUCCCUCUUAUCAUCGGUGCCUCAGUUGGAACCAUUCUAAUCUGUACUAUCCUGAUAACCUUUAAAGUACGUUAUUGCUACCUCAAGAAGGCCAAUAAAAGUGCCAAGAAAGCAGUAAAGGACCCUGCAGAGUUUGAGCUUCUUCCUUACAUCAGCCAGGGAUCCAGUCACCUACUUGCCUUUGACAACCCAUAUUAUGACGUCCUUGCAGUAAUGGGUCUAGAUGACGACAUAGAGGAGGAGUAUAGCAAUCCAUUAUAUGAUGAUAUUAGCUUGUAUAGCGCUGAUAGUUAUAACAGUAGUACAGAUGAUAGCUGCCAUAAAGAUAUAGUUCACAUGGUCGUAAGGUGACAAUGAUUGAGUACUGGCACACUUAACUUAUAGUAAUAACUUGUGUAUUGUACAAGGUGGACAUAGUACGGAGUAUUUAUGGUAUAAUUAAGUCCAUCAGUGAUAGCAUGUUGUUUUUAAAGUGUCUGGAACACUUUGUACGUGCAGUUUGUAUUAUUUGUACAAAAAGGUAGUUAAUGUGGGAAUUGCAGUUUCAUGACAAGCUGUUAAUUUCCAUAAAAAAGAAACAGUUAUACAAUUUGAACUUUCAUUUAGUAGUAAGAAAAUAUAAGGUAAUUUACUAUCUUCAAGUUAUGAUAGACCUAAUCUGCUAACGCGUUGCCAUUUGCGUAACCACCCAUUUCAAUUCCUGUUUGAAGUUCGAAGUUUCUAAGAAUUCAACUGAAAUAAAAAUACAACAAUGAAACUCACUCCUGAGUGGUUUGAGUUGGGUGGAAACAUUUAUAGCAACAAGUUAACCUCUUAAGUCUAUUAUUAUUAGUAUUUAUUAAUAGGUAGAACAAUGAACCAUAAAUGGAUUGAUCUUUUCUAAUGAGUAUUGAUCAAGCAUGUUUUAUUGUGAAGAGUUAUUAACAAGUCAUCGUGUAAGCUUCAAGCCAAAAGUGACAGGACUCUAACAUUAAAUAAAAUAUUUAUAUAUUUAUACAUAUAAAGUAUGGCUGGACUGGACCUGUUUCAAACUUGGUCAAGACUUCACAGGAUUCAUAAAAUGUUAGGCACCCAAAGUUAUUAGAUUAGAUUGCAAAGCUGUCAUUUUGAAUGAAAGUCUCCCCUGCAAUUGCUAUAAAUCACCUAGUAUAUUUUGUAUGAUAUAUACAUAAAGGUUUGCAUUUUUGUCAUCUUGACUAAUUUAUAAAUAAAACUUUUUUACUGAAA